GAGAACCCAGCCUGCCAUAGACUUGUGUAUAGCUGGGAUAUGACCUACACCCUGGUUAGGGGAUCCUUUAGACAGUGCCCAGCCUGACUGUUAUGCCAGCAUACACAUCAGCUGGUGUCUAGGGCAGCAUCUUCAGAGGCUGGUCUGACUCACCAGGUGACUACAGUGACUCAGCCCAGCCCCUCUCCCUGUGAUCCUUCACACACACCAACACAGACACACUCAAUACCCAGACCUGCCAACAGUAUUACGACUUCCCACAGAACCACAGCUCAUUACACAGGAACUAGACCCAGCAUCAGUCAGACACCGAAGAAUCACCUAUUCUGUGAUAGAACCCCUGGUGGGAUCCUUAGUGGGCAGUGGACCAUAGGCUUUGGAGUCGGCAAUGGAGGAGACCCAAGAAAGCUGCCUCCCUGCAAGCCAGCAGGCCUCCCUGCAAGCAAACCCUCCUCACACACCCUGGCCCAGCAGUCCUCCCUGCAAGCAAACCCUCCUCACACACCCUGGCCCAGCAGUCCUCCCUGCAAGCAAACCCUCCUCACACACCCUGGCCCAGCAGUCCUCCGUGCUAGCAAACCCUCCUCACACACCCUGGCCCAGCAGUCCUCAUAUCACACAAAUACCAAUAGCUUUGCUCCAGCUGGGGCUGUUGGGGGGAGUGUUCCAAAAUUAAGCAGCCACACACUUCUGGCUGUAUUACCAAGAGACUGUCCAGAGCCAGGCCACUUAGCGCCUGGCGGCCAGGCCUCCUCCCGCUAGGCACCUGAUGCCGGUGAAUCCUGCCAGCACCAGUCAGGCUAAUGAAGCCAUUAUGCCAAUCAGAGGGACAAGACACACAGGGAUCUUCUGCAGCCUGGCUAGGUGAGGCUAGGGCACAUUUGGCACAGCUGGCACUCAGGCCCCCCCCACCCCCCCACAGACCAACCUAACUAGUCCCUUGGGACCUGGUUGAUGUGAGCCUGCUCCAAGCCAGGGACACUUCUCAGUAUGGACACCAGCCUGGUAACGGGAGGCUUUUGCAUGGACAUCAUGUCACCCCAGACUGUCUCUAGGGCAGUACUUGGCACACAGCCUGAUCACACUUUCAGAUGGUGCCUCAUACAUGUGUGGGUCACAGGCGUGAAUAAAGCAGAGAGCUGAGACCAGAGCGGGUAGCACAUGACAAUCAUUCAUGAACCCCACUCUGAGCCCUCUGUGGAGGACAGCUCCCUUAGUUCCUCAGUGUUUCCACGUGUUGGAUGGGUCUACCUCACCCUCUGCAUGCUUCUUAAACACAGACACCUGUGCCAGUCUGCCCCUGUAUAAAUCCCCUACCAGGGCCACUUGAGGGUGGAGGGCCCAGGAAGAUGGCCGGACUGGGCUGUGGCUGGAAAUGCUCCACGUCCUUCUAUUACUGACCCCCAGGAACGCCUUCACACACUGUUAUGGGCUUCCCAGUCCACAAUAGCCACACACUGUUAGGAGGAAGAAGACACCAGUUCUGGCUCAGGCCCAGGAUGGGCAGCUCCAGUUUCCUGCUUGGCUCUGGUCCCCUUAGGCAGGUGCAGCACACAGGAAAGCAGGGUAAAACUGAGCAGGGCUGCUAAAGCUCUCUAAGAUUCCUCUCAGACUCAGGAUGGAGAGGGUACAGUGAGGUGGUCCCAGGGGUAAAAAGGACCCCGAGGUCAUGUGUGGCCAGCUUCCAGCAUUUCCUGAACUGCACAUCCCAUCCCCCACUCUUCGAUUCCAUGGGGACACUUUUGGAAACAUAGGGAAGACUGUUCUUCCCUACACAGCCCCUAUAUUCAUCUUUAAGGCCACAAGUCAAGCCUGUAACCCCCUGUGAUCUGAGCAGCAGUAAUGGGGUCCCCAAACCUCCUGAAGGCCCUUGAAGCUGGAUCACCCUGGGCUCCCUGCAUAGAGGAGAAGUACAUAGGAGCCCUGGCACACCCUGGGUCUUUGCCAGUCACAGGGAUGUUUUUCCACACAAUACAGUCCUGUGUGCGUCACACCGUCUCCCUAGCUCACCAUAUGAGGCUGGUCUUCUCAAACCAAGAGGAUCAGGAAUACCGACCAGGGCACCUGUCGCAGGGUCAAGGUGUCCCAGCCUUACCACUGGCCCUUACACCCUUCCUACUGCCUUCCAGCCCACAGACAGGGACAGUGUCAGACCCAGGGCCACACACGGAUAGGAACUGUGGGCCAGGGGGACAGGCCAGGAUGAUGCUGCAUGCUACAAGGGGCCAUUUGCUCCUGGCAGCAGGAAUCAGAGACGCAGUAACUGGAUCCUGCAGAGGAUCUGGCGGCCACUGAGGGUGGAGGGCUGCGAUCAGGUUGCCACCCUGCUGUGAGUUUUCCACUGGGCAGCUUUUUCUACCUUGGGAAAGAGCUGGGCUGGACUGGGGGGUCUAAGCUGGGGGUGGAAGGCUCUGGAGCAAUAGGCAGCAAGAAGAGAAGCUAAGAGGUGAGGGACCCACGAGAUAGGACGUAGGACCCAGUUAGCUGUGGGUGAGGACAAGGAGGUAGUCAGUCUUGCUCUUGUCCUGCUGGGCAUCAGGCUUUGGACUUGGUGCUAUCCAGGAGUCACUGAAAUCCAAGCUGGGGGUAAGGCAAGGUGGCUACUCCUCCUAAGCCGGUGCAUCUCUGAUCCGCCCCCCUCACCCGCCCUCGGCUGCCCGCUGGCCAUGUAAGAUCUGCCGGGGUGGCCAAGGCCACAAGACAGAGGCAGUGUUGGAGCAGGUAGUGUCCAUGUCACUGGCUAGGCUUGGAGGCCAAGGGCCAGCUGAACAGAGCUGGGCCUCUGGGGAGGCCACAGGGCCCCCGAACACUCAGAGAGAGCUUCCCAGGACUCUGAAGCAACGUGGCUAGCCUCAAAGAUGCCAACCAACGGAUUGCACCAGGUACUGAAGAUCCAAUUUGGCCUUGUCAACGAUGCCAACCGCUACCUGACAGCGGAGAGCUUUGGCUUCAAGGUCAACGCCUCGGCGCCCAGCCUUAAGAGGAAGCAGACAUGGGUCCUGGAGCCCGACCCAGGGCAGGGCACCGCCGUGCUCUUUCGCAGCAGUCACCUCGGCCGCUACCUGUCAGCAGAAGAAGAUGGACGUGUGGCCUGUGAGAUGGAUCGGCCAGGCCGUGACUGUCGCUUCCUGGUCUUGCCACAGCCCGAUGGGCGCUGGGUGCUGCAGUCAGAGCCACACGGCCGCUUCUUUGGUGGCACCGAGGACCAACUGUCCUGCUUUGCUACAGCUAUUUCCCCUGCAGAGCUGUGGACUGUGCACCUGGCCAUCCACCCACAGGCUCAUUUGCUGAGCGUGAGCCGUCGGCGCUACGUGCACCUGUGCCUGCAGGAGGACGAGAUGGCAGCAGACAGUGACAUGCCUUGGGGUGUGGAUGCAUUGCUCACUCUCAUUUUCCAGAGCAGGCGGUACUGCCUCAAGUCUUAUGACAGCCGCUACCUGCGCAGUGACGGCCACCUUGUCUGGGAGCCUGAAGCCCGUGCCUGCUACACCCUAGAGUUUAAGGCAGGCAAGCUGGCCUUCAAGGACUGCGACGGCCGUUACCUGGCACCCAUGGGGCCUGCCGGCACACUCAAGGCUGGUCGAAAUACGAGGCCCGGCAAGGAUGAACUCUUUGACCUGGAGCAAAGUCACCCACAGGUGGUACUGGUGGCUGCCAACCACCGCUAUGUCUCUGUGAGGCAAGGAAUCAAUGUCUCAGCCAAUCAGGAUGAAGAACUGGACCACGAAACCUUCCUGAUGCAAAUUGACCAGGAGACAAAGAAGUGUACUUUCUAUUCCAGCAAUGGUGGCUACUGGACCCUGGUCACUCAUGGGGGCAUUCAGGCCACGGCCACACAAGUUUCUGCCAACACCAUGUUUGAAAUGGAAUGGCGUGGCCGGCGGGUGGCACUUAAAGCCAGCAACGGGCGUUACGUGUGCAUGAAGAAAAACGGGCAGCUGGCCGCCAUCAGUGACUUUGUGGGCGAAGACGAAUUGUUCAUCCUUAAACUCAUCAACCGACCCAUCCUGGUGCUGCGUGGUCUGGACGGUUUUGUUUGCCACCGCCGAGGAUCCAACCAGCUGGACACCAACCGCUCCACCUAUGAUGUCUUCCACCUGAGCUUCAGGGAUGGCGCCUAUCAGAUCAGAGGCCGCGGAGCUGGGUUCUGGUACAUCGGCAGCCACGGAAGCGUGUGCAGCGACGGUGACUUGGCGGAAGAUUUCCUCUUCGAGUUCCGAGAGCGUGGCCGCUUGGCUAUCCGUGCCCUCAGUGGCAAGUACCUGCGUGGCGGCGCCUCAGGGCUGUUGCGUGCUGAUGCAGACCUGCCUUUGGGGGAAGCUCUCUGGGAAUAUUGAGGACUCACAGGGGUUGACCCCAGCGCCCCACCGAUCCAGCAUUAAACCUUUGUUGCGCA